AUGCCCGAGCCUCGUCCUCGUCCGCCUUCCUUGAAGCUCGCCAACGACUCGGCGAGAAACGAUGCCAUCCUUCAGAUCGUAUCUCCGAUAGCGACGCUGUCCAUGAGCGAGGACAUGAGGAACACCGUUCGUAUAAGCGAGUCCAUCAAACGCAGACAGUCUAGUAUCAUCGCGGCCAAGAAGAAUGACGACACGUCCGAACCGAUUCUGCCCACCCAAUCCACGGGUAACACGCCCGUGAAUUCUGCCGCCGAAUCUUCAGCUUUCUCAUCAUCAACAUCCACCCUGUUCCCCAAUGUCAAACAAGAGAAUGGAACCUCAUCUCCGCUCCUGGCGUGUGACAGCACCCAACUGAGCCCUGGCGCUUCCUACUCUCUGGACAGGCUUGCAUCCCAUUUGAAGAACCGCUCUCUCAAGCGUGAUAGGGUACCCAAGCCGCUCAAGCUCCACAAUAAUCCUGCUGUCGGCAGUGGCCCAUACACUGCUGCUAAUGCACACCCAGGCAUGUACUCAUACCAAACACAUGGCUUGAGACUGGCACCUCUCAGACCAUACUUUGCCCCCAGGAUGGUGCAACGCUUCAGGCGUCCACCUUCCAUGGCUCCCUUGGGCACUCCUUUCGUUGUCACACCAUACCGUAGAGAGAUACCCUUCGAUAGAAGAAAGCUGAGUGGUCCACAAACCGCUCCACCGGUGCAACCUGCGCCAGGUUCCAAAAGAGCUCGUCCAGUUCAAGAUGUCUUCGUUGAUGAUGUGAAGAGAGCAGCACCACUACCGCUGCAGCCGCCACUGGCUCAAAAGGCUCGCUUCACCGUCACCGCCGAUGACCGCCAAGCUGCUACAGAGGAAGAGAUGGAAGAGAUGCGCCGGAAAUGGGAGGAGAGCGACGAGAUUUACGGAUCCAUGUCCUUCAUGGACAAACUGACCUUCCGGUUCAAGAUCUUGAACAAGAAUCUCUCGCUGGACGAGAAAAAGGCACGCUUCAUGGAGAUUUGCGAAACCACCUGGGACGAGGUUAUGAAGCGCAAGUAG